AUGGCUUCAGAGAAAGCAAAAAGAGAAAAUGAUGUUCAUCCUGCUAUUCAUAUAAAAAGUGUUGCUACUGCUCCUGCUGAACAUCAGCCUGUUGUUAAAGUUGGAGGGCUGGAGUUCUCUAGUGGAAUGCAGCAACAGCAAAAAGAUAGUGACACACAAAGGGACAAACAUUCUUUUCAUCAUGUUGAUCAAGGGCUAGGAGGUUUCAAAAUUGAAUCACAUAGAGAAGUAUGUGAAGAAGGAAGAGUUCAUGGAGGGAUUCAUCCUCAAGAAGAAGGUAAUAAGAAAAGAGCCGAGAGAAAAAAACCCGCACUAGCACCAGCUGCUGUGCUAACUGAAAAUCCCGAGGCAAAGGAUUUUGGGACGUCACCGUUACAUGAUGCAAAAGAAUCAGCUAGUCACGGGCAUGGUGUUGGUUAUGGUGUUAGAGGUGGACCUCAGUAUGUUGCUGAUAAGGCUGCAGCUGCUAAGGACAUUGCCAUUGAGAAAGGUGCACAAGCCAAAGAUGCUGUCAUUCAUGGCGCUCAGAUUGGAUCCGAGUAUGUUGUGGACAAGGCUAGAGUUGCAAAGGACACUGCUCUCGAAAAAGGCCAGCAAGCUUAUGGUGCAACUAAAGAUACCCUAUCAGGUGCAGGACAAACAACAAUGCAAUCAGCUCAACAGGUGAAAGAUUACACCCUGCAAAAAACAGGGGAGUCGAAAGAUUAUGCUUCCGAAAAGAGCAAGAAUGCAGCAGGAUACAUCGGGCAGAAAGGCGUCGAGGCAAAAGAUACUACUGUUGAAACAGGGAAAAGUGCAGUAGGGUAUGCAGGGGAAGCAGCAAGAACCGCUGCCGAAAAGAGCAAGAAUGCAGCAGGGUAUGUCGGGAAGAAAGGCAUCGAGGCAAAAGACGCCACUGUGGAAACAGGGAAAAGCACAGUUGGGUAUGCAGGGGAAGCAGCUAAAACCGCCAAGGAUAUGGCGGAAAUGGGAGCUUUUGGUGCUGCACAUUAUACAGCAAAAGGAGCAGCCGCGGCUACAAAAGCCACAGCUGAUGUUGUUUCUAGUGCUGCAGGGUAUGCAGGGGGGAAGGCAGUCGCCGCGAAGGACGCGGUUGCUGGUGCUGGUAAGAGCGCGGUGGAGUAUGCAGGGGACAAAUUGGCUGCUGCUAAAGAUUACGUAGUCUCGGCGGAAGAAGGUGCAGCUGAUUAUGCAGGUAAAAAGAAGGCAGAAACUGAGAGACAACUAGAAGGUAAUUCCAAGCGAGAAAGCGGAGGCGGAGUUUUUAGCGGAGAAAAGGAGGACACAGAGGAGGGCGGAGAGAGCGAGAGCAAGCCGGUGUUGCAGCAGCAGCAGGGAGGCGGUGGGGUGCUGCAAGCUAUUGGUGAAACUCUGGUUGGAAUAGGGAAGACUACAACAGAUUUUGUUGCUGGUGGGAAUAAGCAAUCUCAAACUGGUUAUCAACAGGGAAGUGAAAAAAGGGAGUAG